GCUAAACUGUACUUCCAGGGCCCAAGUGGUGAUACUUCACACUAGGUUAGGUUAGGUUAGUGUUGUGACCAUAACGCGCGAGCCGAGCGAGCAAAGCGAGCGUGCCGCGGCAGCGGCCGGCAAAGCAACAGAAAAAAAAUGAUAAAAAAGACCUUUUCUCCAAAAAAAUAAAUAAGUAUCACCUUUUGGGCCCUGGAAGUACAGUUUUACCAAAAUCUGAAAUAUCUAAGAAUAAGGGUAGUUAGCCCCCCAUGAAGGGGGGGAAUUUUUCCAUAUCUAACCAGCUUAUCUUACAGCAACAAAAUAUGCCGUUCAUCUGAUCUCUCUAACUGCUUUUGCCUCCGAGUUAUCGCUGUGGUUUCGCUAGCGUAAUAUUACGCUAGCGUAACAGGCGUUUUUCGGAGAAAUCAUGGAGCAACAAAAUCAAUUCUUGCGGCACAAAAUAGCAACAAAUUAGCAACAAAAUACUAUAUACCUUAGGAUAUGGACUUAUGAAAUUGUUACGCUAGGGUAAUAUACCUGUGUGAGUGUGAUAGAGAGAUGUGUGUGCAUGUGCGUGUUUUACUUGAUUAAUGCCUCCACAGUGUCAUAUUCCAAGUAAAGUAACCACCCGCUCAAUUUGAUUUUACAUUCAUGCUUUGAAAGAGGGUGUCGCGAAGAGACUUUGUGGGCAUUCUAUGUGGUUGUCUUAUUCUAUCUUUACACCUAUUGCAAUGAAGUAUAUUAACUACUACCAAAUACUGACACAUUCUUUAGAGGUUCAACCAGAAACCACACAGAACCACACAUGUCUCAUCGUCUGCGUACAACCCACACCAACAGGGUGUACAAUGGACUGAGACAGACCGCGAUUAUUCAUACUUUCGGCAUUGAACAAUUUAAACAUGUUACUAUCAAGUUAUAUUAAUGUUUCAUACCUUAUUCUGUCUUGUGUUAAAUUUGCUAUUGAUAUCUGCUUCGCUCAGUUAAAUUUAUUCCCAUCGUCAAUUGUCAAGAUCAUCAAGGAACCUGUAUAAAGAAAUUAUACUAUGAAUCUCAGAGUUGAGACACUAAGCAUCUUCCUCUCCAAGAUCAAUACCUAUACAUUAUAUGUACACACACAUCAAUAUUCACAUAUACAUUAACAUCGAUUUUCUACUCAUUUUACAUAACAUUUCAUGAUUGGCAAAGGACACUUUCAGCGUAUCCUGUUUGAUUAUCAUAAGCCUUUGAUUAUGAAGCCAAGGUGUGCCAAGCAAUCCUCGCACACACUCUCUUGGCCUCCCUUGUUCAUCGUGAAGCCAAGGUGUGUCGUGCAGCCCUCGCACACACUCUCUUUGGCCUCCCUUGUUCAUCGUGGAGUCAAGGUGUGUCGAGCAGCCCUCGCACACACUCUCUUUGGCCUCCCUUGUUCAUCGUGGAGCCAAGGUGUGUCGAGCAGCCCCCACACACACUCUCUUUGGCCUCCCUUGUUCAUCGUGGAGCCAAGGUGUGUAGAGCAACCCUCGCACACACUCUCUUGGCCUCCUUGUAUGUUCAGUCAAGUGCACUCUGACUAACAUCCCGCGCAACACCCGCAAGCGUUCGCCAAUACAAUCGCCGAUCUAUGUUGCGAAUGUACUGCUCUUAAUAUAGGUAAGUCUUUCUUCCGACCGACCAAUCGACACGUGAAAUCAUAUGAUACACAUCACAUGGGCAAUAAAUAGUAAUUAAUUGACUCGGGGAAGACACUUAGCUCUCAUAUCCAGAAUCUCGCAAACAGCACACAUUUCAGCCGGAGUUGAAAAGGAAAAGAAAACUUUUCUGACAGGUAAAAAACCGCGGAGCUACGGACCACAGAUUAAGUAUUAAAAGCGGUUAAUGUUACUCACCACAGAUUACAGGAUUUUGUUGCCAUAUCCAAUAUUUACAUUUCGCGACUUAGUCAAGUUUGCCCGUCGCGACAGAGUGUUACGCACACACACUCCACCGAAUCUGCUGACACAAGACAGCAUUGCACACGGCACUACUGUUAGUAUGGCGUGACCGCAAAAUUGCACAAUUGAUGUAAACUGCUGAUGCAGCGGCACGUGGAGCAUCGCCGGGCGUGAAGCGAUGGAGGUCGUCGAGGCGUCACUUUUGCAUCAAACUUCGAUCGGGUCACUAGAUCGAUUAGGCUAAUAUAAUUUUAUUGUAAUUCUUUUAUUUCUAUUACAUUAGUUCUAAAGUAAUUUUGGUUUUUUUGCUAUCUUCGGCUGCAGCUUCUAUAAUUGGCGCAGUCGGUAGGAUACUCGAUAGGGUAGCUAUAGAUAUUAUAUCGACUUUUCGCUACCGCGCGUGAGCGAACGGGCCGCGUCAUUGCCGCGCCGAGUAUCCUGAAGAACCUGAGGCCGCAGCGAAGAUACGUAUCCAGAAAUCGAUACCGCAAAGAGAGCUGAAAUGCAGAUUAAACUAUCAAAUUGGAUUUCUGGUGUUAACUGAGGACGGAGCCGUCCUUGAAUCAGGUGGAGAGCUGGAAAACGACGAGCGUGUUGCGACAAUUGUAACUGAUCUCAUAUCCCUAUCUAGCAAAGUUGAUCCUGUUGCUUUUGCAUCAAAUGAACCAUUCAAGAAAAUUUCUAUAACAUAUGAUGACCAUUGGUUUGUGAUAUGUCUCUCAAAUAAAAAGAUAUAUGUUGUUAAAAGAAGUAUCUCAUUAAUGCCCACCGAGGGAAAUACUGUUAAUGUGUGAUCAAAACUAGUUGUAAGUAAUUUCAGAAAUGGGACGAAAUUUAUUAAUGAGUAGCUUGGAGAAUGCUUCAUUUAAUAUUAUAUUUCAAAUUUUGUUUCGGUGUGUUACUUUUAUUAUAAAUGCCUGGGUGAUUAGAAAUGUUGGACAUGAAGUCCUAGGAAUAAUGAAUGUAAGAUUACUCUUGUUAGAAAGUACUAUUUUAUUUCUAAGUAGGGAACCAUUUUAUAGGGCAUGCUUAGGUCAGAAGGAUGAAUUAAGCUGGCGUCACAUUAUAAACCAAAUAUGGCUUGCUGUUCCUCUUAGUUGUGUUUUGUCAUUAUUAUUUGUGUAUAUCUGGUUGAAUAUUUUGCCACUUGGUCAUCCAGAACACGCAUUCCAAUAUACAUUUGGGUGCUGGAGUGUGGCUUUGUCCUGUAUCCUUGAACUUACUUCUGCUAACAUGGUCCUUGUAGCUCAACUGUUUUGUUUUGUGAAACUGAAAAUUGCUCUAGACACACUACAUAUUUUUAUCAGAACUGUACUAUUUUUGUCUAUAAUAAUUUAUGACAGGUCUUUAGCACUGAUAGCGUUUUCAGUAGCACAGGUUGCCAGUAUUGGCACUAUAGUUGUAAGUUAUUAUAUAUUUUUCUAUUGGUACAUUAAAAAUAAACCACUUUAUGCAAAAGGUGCAAUAAAAAGUAAACUUGUAUCUGAUUCAGUCUUGCACAGAUUAUAUAAUAAUAUGGAUGAUUUCCAAUUUACUUCUAUCAGAGAUUUUUUACCUAACUACUUAGGAUCAAUAAAUUCAACAUUUAACAAAAAAUUGAGUACACUGACCAUAAGUUUUGCAAAGCAAGGUGUUGUUAAACAGUUAUUGACAGAAGGAGAGAAAUAUGUCAUGUCUGCAAGUCCAGUUAUGACUUUUUCUGAGCAGGCUACAUAUGAUGUGGUAAAUAACUUAGGAAGUCUAGCUGCUAGAUUUGUUUUUAGACCCAUUGAAGAUAGUAGUUAUUUUUAUUUUACUCAAAUGGUAAGUAGAGAUUUGCCUUUACAUAAACAGGAUCAGUAUAAAGUUCAGGAGUCAUGUACAGUCUUAUCUCAAGUUUGUAAGACAGUGAGUUCUAUAGGUCUGAUUGUGUUAGUUUUUGGUCAAAGUUAUUCAAAAACUUUAUUGUUGUUGUAUGGUGGUGAAGCUUUUGUUGCAAGUGGACUACCUGUACAACUACUUAGAAGCCAUUGUUUAGCCAUUGUAUUGCUAGCUAUCAAUGGUGUUACUGAAUGCUACACAUUUGCCACCAUGACUAGUGCACAACUAAACAGUUACAAUUAUUUGAUGGUAUUCUUUUCAAUAAGUUUUUUGUUUUUAUCCUAUGUUUUGACAUAUAUAUUUGGACCAGUUGGUUUUAUAAUAUCUAAUUGUAUUAAUAUGUUUGCAAGAAUAAUGCACAGUAUCCAUUUCAUAAAUAAUAAAUAUAAAGACACUGGCUAUAAGCCAUUGGAGGGACUGCAUGUAGGAAAAAUAUUUUUGUUGACCUUGUUUGUUGUUGGAUGUAUCUGUAAAGUUUCUGAAAACAAGUUAUUAAGUAAUUCUGUUACCACACACAUAUUUGUUGGUGCAAUAUGUUUCUUUUUUACACUCCUUGCAUGGGGGUAUGAAAACAAACAACUUGUUCAUAAGGUAUAUAAAAAGAUAUUCAGUAAGGAUGACAUAAAAGUUUCAAAGGACUAGCAUUCGGUUAUCAUAAAACUCCUUUAAGAUGUACGUAAUUAAUUAUAAAAAUGUUUUAUGCAUAUAAGAUGUGUUAAUAAAAUAAUUGGUUAUUAUAUUUGAACAAUGUUUUAUUUUAUAACAAAUGUAAUGUGAUUAGAUAUUAUUAAUAGCCAUCAGUAAGAGGUGAGCAUGGAGCACGGAGUGUUCCAUGGAGGUAAGGCAAAGCUGAUAUCUGGAUUUUAACUCCAAUCAUUAAAAAAACCUAUUAAUAUUUUUAAGAUGAGCGUUGUCACGUCAGGGGACCGCUAAGUGAAGAAGUAUAAUAAUCACAUAUCUAUAUCUACCACUACAUAGGUACCUAGAAAUUGCGCGUGUGCAACAUCGACGUAAUUAGUUUUGUCCAUGAAUCAAGGUCAUAUCAUACAAGGUCUACUAAGUUCCUGCAGUGUUUAGAUAUUUUGUACUUAUUAAGAGGCGUCCGCUUGAGAUCAUAGAAUACAUUUACUCUCGUGCGAUGCAUGAUGGGAAUGGCAAUGUGGCGACCCGAACCGGCAGACGUCGUUGACGGUUAUGGUACUGUACUAACUUUUCAGGUUUUAAGCAAGACAUCAUCUCUUGUUAGAUUAAAAACUAAUUAAAAACGAGCGAUC